GUGGUUCUGAGACACCUCCUCAGUCCCCAACUUUAGUGUUAUCUUAAUUUUAUCAGAAUAAUUAGAUUUACUUUUAUUGAUUUCAUGAUGUAACACUUUAACAUAAUAUUGCUAAUCCAAAGCUUCUUCCUUAUGAUUCAAUAUGUUCUAUAUUAAAUAUUAUUGGAUUUUAUAUAUUUACUGCACCUCAGCAGGAAUAUUCUCACUGUUCCUUUUCAUUCAUAAACAAUGUGAAGAGUCUAAAGAAUGGGGAAUUUAUGAUUUAGAAGAUUCUGUUUCUAAAGAAUAUGAUUUUAUUAUUGUUGGAGGAGGUAGUGCGGGUUCAUUAGUUGCUGCUAGACUUGCCAAAGAUAAAAAAUCUGAAGUACUUUUAAUUGAGGCUGGUGGUCUUCCAUCCAAACUUCAUGAUAUUCCUGUCACUGCCCCAAUGCUUCAAAGAAGUGAUUGUGACUGGCAAUACGUUACUGUGCCUCAAAAAAAUGCUUGUUUGGCACUCCAAAACAAGGUCAGUCGCUGGCCUAUGGGCAAGAUUCUUGGAGGAACUAGUAGGCUCAAUUACAUGAUUUAUCUUCGAGGACAUCCCAUGGACUAUGAGUCAUGGCCUGAAUGGUCUUGGCAUGAUUCUCUUUAUUAUUUUAAGAAGUCAGAACAUCAUGUUGGAAGAUUUUCAAGUGACAAAUUUAAUCAUGGUGAUUCUGGCCCAGUUUAUGUAUCUGAUAUUCCUAAUCCUACUGAACUAGGGGAUUUGCUUAUGAAGGCUGGAACUAAAUUAGGUUACGAUUGUGAUAUUGACCUGAAUUCUAACAUUACUUAUAAAGAAGGUUUUAUGAAGACACAAGUAACUGGAAGAAAUGGUGCUAGAUGGAGCACUGAUAGAGUUCUUGAAAUGGCUGGCUCUAAUCUUCAUAUAAUGACAUAUACUGUUGUUGAAAAGGUUCUUUUACAUAGAGGAUUUGAGGCUUAUGGGGUUUCAUACAAGCGAAAAAGUGUUAGAGGAAAAGCAUUGGCCCGUAAAGCAGUAGUCUUAUCAGCAGGUGUGAUUGGUACACCUAAAAUUCUCAUGUUGUCAGGUAUUGGGCCUAAGGAAGAACUUAUUAAACAUAAUAUAAAACCCAAGGUAACAUUGUCAGUUGGUAAAAAUUUGCAAGAUCAUGUUACAACAGGACUUGACCUAAUUUUUCUAAACAAAUCUCUUCCCAUUUCGUGGACAAGUAUAGUGAAUUCUCUUCCCAAUACCUAUGACUAUUUCCUCCAUGGAACAGGUAUUCUAACACACCCUGGAACAGAUGUAAUUGGUAUAUUUCAUACAGAUGGUGGUCUACAACCAGAUAUACAAAUCAUGGCACUACCUGCUGGACUUUCAACUGAUGCAGGUGUAGUUUUAGCUCCUGCAAUGGGUGUUUCCCAAGAGGUAUGGAAUAAAUAUUUUUCUUUAUUUACUGGUAAACAAGUGGUUACUUUGCUUCCUGUUCUGCUUCACCCUCGCAGUAGAGGAACUGUCAAACUAAAAAGUAAAAAUCCUGAGGAUCAACCCCUUAUUGAUCCUCAGUAUCUUUCUCAUCCAGAUGAUGUUAAAAAUUUAAUCAAAGGAAUAAGACUAGUCGAAAAAUUGGUUGGAGCAAUGCCUGGUGCAACCCUUAACAGCCAUUUAAUGCCUGGUUGUGAGCACCUGCAGUUUGGUUCAGAUGGAUAUUGGGAAUGUUAUAUAAGGCACCUUACAUUGACUGCUUACCAUCCGUGCUGCACUGCUGCAAUAGGAUCUGUUGUCAGCUCUCAUCUAAGGGUUUAUAAUACCAAUCAGCUUUAUGUUGCCGAUGCAUCUGUCAUGCCUUCUCUUACAAGUGGUAAUAUCAAUUCAGCUGUGCUAAUGAUUGCUGAAAAAGCAGCUGAUAUAAUACUUCAGGCUUCAGCUACAGCUCAUUCUAUGUGUCAUAUUAGUGAGAUUUUUUUACCUCGAAAGUUGGUAUCAGUCAAAUAGUUUAGUUUGGUAUUGACUGUAUUUAUAUUCAGUCAUGAACUAAAUAAUACUCAUACACAUAAUAGUUCAUGACUUAGUAGUUAAGAGAUUACAGAGUUACCAUUACAUAUCAUGUUAAUAUUUGUAUGUUAUUUUAUUUAAAAGUUGUUAGGUGCCAUUUUAGUUUUCUAGUCAUACUAAACUAUUACAGUACUGUGAUUAAUGGGAAUAUAUUCAAGUGAAAUAUCUCCUAUAUCAUAAAAGUGUCAUUAUAUUUAUCUGUUAGCUUUAAUUUUAUAUUAAAUGUAGGCGACUUAUUCAGUUGAACCUUUUUGUUACUUGAAUGUUCUCAGAAUUACAUUUAUAUUAAUAACUUCAACCCACUGCCCAAUUGUCAAAUGGAAAUUUGAAUUCAGACUGGUACUGUUUAUUGUUAGUUACUGACAGAGUAUAAACUCUACACUUGGAUUUAGCUUUCUUUAGUUAAUGGUCGUGACAAGGUAUUUUCUGCCCUAAAGUGGUACACUUCACUUCGUUAGGGAGGGAGAAAAAGUGAGUAGAAAAUGCAUAGAUUUUUUUAUAAAAUUAAGAUCUCUAUUGCUGUUUACAUUAAAUAUACAUUUAUAAUUUCUUACCACCACUUGCCCAGAGUAUUGUUGAAAUCAGGUAAAAUUUUUGAUAUGUAGUUUUCAACAGAAAAAAAAAAUUAUACAGUACUAGCAUUGAAAAAUAUAGUUGAAAACCUUUUUACUCUUGUUUAGUUUUUGAUAAUUUGAACUAUUCAUCUAUUGGCAUAUUUCAUAUGCUCCAUUUAAUAGGUGAUUAAAUUGUCUUGAAUGCGAAAAAUUACAAGAAAAAGAAGACAAAAGUGGACAAAUGCUUAUUAGUGAAAAUAUCGCAAACUGUUUUUGUAUUGGACAUUCACCCAAAGAGUUAUAGUCGUGUAAGAGGAUGUACCAAAUAUUUUUUGUAUAUGGCUGUUUGGAAAUAAUAAGAAUUGUUUAAUAAUUUGCAGCAAACUUAACGAUUGAUUGGUUGAUGGAUAAUUGAGGUUCCAAUGUACCAUUAAACACAGGAAAUUUUCGCAUCCCAUAACAAGUUCUGGGAAUAUCAGGACUCAUUGCCAUAAGAGGGAGAUUAUCUCUAGUAGGCACUUCAGUAUCCUUAGGGACUGGUUACACAGUUCCCGUUCCUGGCCUGAAAGUGGACAGCUACUGCACCUGUGUACUUGUGUGACAGUAGCUCGAUUCGCCUCGCCAGUCAUACUGCAAGCUGCUGACAUGAAAGUAGACAGUUACUGUACCUGUGUAAUUGCAUUAGUUCUUCGCAAAUGUUGUAUUGUGUUCUUUUGCAAUGUUGUCACAAUGUUAUAAAAGAAGUUUCAAAAAUACUUUGUGCUGAAAAAAAUUAUAAGAAAAACAUUGGUUUGGGUCAGGAAUUGGAUGCAAAGGAUUCAAAACAAUGUCAUAAGUUGGUUUGGUCCUUAUAUAACUCCACAAAUUUUAUAAGGCUUAUGGGCUAUUGUGCAAUACUGUGCAAGUUGGCAUCCAAGUUGCAGCCGAGUAGCUGCUCGCAGCAUAGUGGCGGAAGGCAAGUGAUGAAUCAAAACAAAAUAUUGUGUAGUAUGUGUAGUAACUCGGUUGCAAGUUACUGACCUACUCGUACAUGACAGUUACUUGUGUAAUGCGGUCACAACAGUGCAAGUAGCUGCACUGCAAUAACUGACUAGGCUACCUCGGAUGCUAGCUCACACCAUGUAACCAGGUCCUUCGAUACUGCUCUAUUGCCCUCUCACGUAUGUUUGUGGAAUGAUGAAUGUAUCUUACAAAUGCUUCUGUGUAUUUGUAAUUGUUUUUAGCACACAUUAAAAACAACAAUUACAUUUUUAGGAACCUUCUGGUACAUUAUUAUUGAUUAAAAAUUAUAAAUUAAAGUAAGACGUAGAUAGAUAGAUCGAUAGAAAAUCAUCUUUAUUUUGGGACUGGAUCCCUUAAGAAUAACAAUAUUGUUCAUAUAAAUUAAAAAUAAAUAAAGCCUUAUUACAUAAUAAAUACUUAGCCAGCAUCUGAUUGAACUGUGAAGAGGAAUUGGAAUAAGAGAUUUUUAAAUGUGAAUAAGGAUGGUGCAUGGCGGAUUUUUAGUGGAAUGGAAUUCCCAAAUGCAGUGAAACGGACAACAAAGGAAUGUUUAAAUGAGGCAGAUCUGUGAAAAGGGGUGUAAAGGUCAGCAGGACGAGAUCUUGUGGAGAGAGUGUGGAUAGAUGACUUGAAUUGUAGGAGAUUAUAUGUGUAAGACAGACGAAGAUUAUUGAUUAUUUGGUAAAGGAAUGUGCCUAGGAAAUAUUGUCUUCGGAAGGAGGGGAAGAGCCACCCUCAUUCAGCAUAGUGGUGCAAAACACGGGAACGUCUCAGGGUCCCGGUGACAAAUCAUACUAUAAUUCUUGCAUAAUUUUAAUAGAUAUUGAAAAGAUAACAUAAGAUUUUUCUUAUUUAUGGGAAAAAUUGCUCCUAAUUUAUUGUACAUCCAUGCUGAAAACUAUAAAUCAAUCUCUAAGCUCUGCUUACUUUUUUCCACAUGGUUCAUCAAAGAAAUUUAAAAUACUAAUUCUAUUUGUAGGUAUGUUGUUAAAAACACUUCAAAUUAGUACA